AUGUUGCCAAGUUUAUGGCCCACUAAAAGACUUACCAAUGAUGCUGAUUUCAAUUUGGAUUACUUCAAUCUUUCACUAUCAAAUCUUCCAAGAUCUUUCGAUUGGCAAAGCAAAGGAGUUAUCACCGCAGUGAAAGAUCAAGGUCCUUGUGGUAGUUGCUGGGCAUUUUCGGUGACUGGUAACAUUGAAGGUCUUUAUGCUAUUAAAAGUGGUAAAUUAAUAUCUCUUUCCGAACAAGAAUUAAUCGACUGUGAUGUAGUUGAUAAGGGAUGCAACGGAGGCUUGCCCAUCAAUGCUUUCCGGGAAAUAAUACGUAUGGGUGGUUUGGAACCUGAAGAUCUUUAUCCAUAUAAGGCAAAAAAUGGAACUUGCCAUUUGGUCCGAUCCGAAAUUGCAGUUACCAUUGAUGAUGCCGUGGAAAUUCCACGUAAUGAGACUAUAAUGCAAGCGUGGGUCGCUCAACGUGGUCCUAUUUCAGUUGGAAUCGAUGCCGAAUUAUUGGCAUACUAUAAGAGCGGAAUCUUACAUCCACCACGUAAACUUUGUCCGCCGUCAAUGAUUAACCAUGGAGUGCUUAUCACUGGUUAUGGUUUUGAAGAUGGCUUACCUUAUUGGAUAAUUAAGAACAGUUGGGGUGCAAAAUGGGGAGAAGAUGGUUACUUCCGUCUACUUCGUGGCAAAGAUGUUUGUGGAGUACGCGAUUUGGCAUCGUCUGCGAUCAUUAAUUAA